AUGUGCGAUUCAGACUCUGGAGAAAGUACUUCCUCCAUCUCUUCGCUGGCACCGAGCACAUCGUCCACCUCCUCAUCGGGACUGAGCGAGUUCGUGGACGCCAAAACAGAGCUGCAGGAGAUCUACCAGGACUUGGGUAACUACAUAAGGAAUAUGCAAGUUACUGUAGUGGGUGGUGGUCUCGAGACUGAGGAGCAGCUCCAGGGCCACCUCGACAAGGUUAGGGCUAUUGAGAAGGUUCUGGCCAGGGACAGGAUGAAGGUGGCCUUCUUCGGGAGGACCUCCAAUGGCAAGAGUGCCGUCAUCAAUGCCAUGUUGCACGAACGGAUCCUGCCCAGCGCCAUGGGCCACACCACCAGCUGCUUCUGCCAGGUGCAGGCCAGUGACGAUACCGGGCACGUGAGGAUCGAGAAGGAGGACCAGCAGUUGGAGCUUAGUUCGCUGAACGACCUGGCCAGCGCCCACUCCCCCAGGGCCCUGAAGCCAAAGACCCUGCUGCACGUAAAUAUGCCACGGAGCCGCUGCUCGCUAUUGGACUACGAUGUCGUGCUGAUGGACACUCCAGGAGUGGACGUCACAGCCCAGUUGGACGACUGCCUGGAUCGGUACUGCCUGGACGCGGAUGUCUUCAUCCUGGUGCUCAAUGCCGAGUCCACGGUUUCCCGCGUGGAGCGGCAGUUCUUCAAGGAGGUGGCCUCCAGACUCUCCCGGCCGAAUCUCUUCAUCCUAAAUAAUCGCUGGGACGUGGCCAGCAGCCAGGAGCCGGACAUGGAGGAGCAGGUGAAGGACCAGCACGUGGAACGCUGUCUGCAGCUGCUCGUGGAGGAUUUGGGCGUGUACACCGAUGAGGAGUUGGCCCGGAAGAGGAUCUACCACGUCUCUGCCCUAGAGGCACUACAACUGCGAAUGGGCAUGAAGACCGCUCCCAGUCCACAGACCCAGGAGCGCUACCGUGAGUUCCAGCGCUUCGAAACUGAUUUCUCCACAUGCCUGGCCCACUCCGCCCUGCGGACCAAGUUCGAACAGCACUUGUUGAGUGCCCAGGAGAUCCUGCGGGACAUAGAGGUCACCCUCACGAAGCCCUUAAGCGAGAAGGUGCAGCAGGAAAUGAUGCAGUGCGUCGAGGAGAGGAGAAUGCUCCGAGGGGAGAGGGAUCAGAGGGAAAUCCAAAUCUCGUAUCGCCGGGAGCAGCUAGGCUUUCGGGUGGACGAACUGUGCGACGAGUCCUUGGAGCUGGGCCAGCGGGUGCUGAGGGAGCAGAUCAACCUGACCCUGGCCGCGGGUGUGAAGGCCUUCUCCCAGCCCUUCCAUCCCCAGCUGCCCCGACUGCUCACCCACUACCAGCGCUGCCUCAGUGCCCAUCUGGACGCCCUGCUCACCACAAAGAUCGUGGAGCAGAUCUCCCUGCCGCUGCAGCAAAAGAUGUACGACUUGGAGCAGGAGGUGCAAGGAGAAGCCUCGCUGGAGGAGACCCUCACCUGGCAGCUGGUCUACAGCCUGGACUGCCAGUCUCUGAUGAAGGAUUUCCAGCCGGAUCUGCGCUUCCGCUUCUCCUGGGGACUGGCUGCUCUCUGUCAGCGCCUCCAAAGCCAGCUGCCAAUGCCCUCCAACUCGGCCCCGGACCGGAAGCCCUUGAACGGCCACAAGGACGUCCAGCCCACGGUGACUCCAUUGGUUCACAAGAGCCAGCUGGAAAUGGCCCUUGCCUUUCUGAAGUCCGACACCUCUGUGGGAACCAUAGUGCUGGGUGGCCUGGCCGUGCGCUCGCUGGGCUGGCGGACGGUUCUGGUCCUGGGCGGGCUCCUGGGAACCAUUUACCUCUACGAGCUGCUCAGCUGGACGCCCGCAGCCCAGGAGCGCAGCUUCAAGCGCCAGUACUCGCGACAUUUGCAGCAGCACCUGCGGGCCGGCGUCCUCCAGACCGCCAGUGGCUUUGAGCUCCAAAUCCGCCAGCAGCUGGCCAAGAUCCAGAACCGGUGGGCUGUCGAGGCCGCCGAGUCGCGGGCCGAGGUGGACGCCAGGGAGUGGGAGCUGAGUCAACAAAUGGAAACCCUGGAGGAGUUGCAGCUGAAGCUGAAGGAGCUCCGGGGCAGGGGUCAUGUGCUGGCUCUGCGACUGCGGGAGUUUCAAGAGCUCUACUUGCAGAACAGGAAUUGAACCUAAAGGGGGGGACUAUUGUUUUUAUUUUCAGUUGAGUUUUUGGUUAAAUUUUAGGUUCCUUAAUUGGUUUAUUAAAUUUGCAAUUUAGUUUAACAGU